ACAUGCAGGCAAAACACUAAUGCACAUAAAAUAUUAAAAAAUAAAGUACAGAGUGACUUCCUAAGCUACCAGCCAUGAAAUGGUCAAGCUGAAGGUGAGGUAAGGGCUAUUUAUUCUUAGCAUAAUUCAUGAUUGAGCCAUUAAAUCACUAAGGGGGUUCUCAAACCAGAUCAUGUUUUCUAUAAGUCUUUCCUCAGCCAUAAGGGCUUGGUAAAUGUCUGUGGAGACAAUGGUUUUCUGUCCUCAUGAUUUUGUUUGAAAUACAGAUUUAUGUUAUGGUUUCAUGAAAAAUGAUUUCUUCAGUGCUGGAGGCAGAACUCAAGGCCUCACACACAUUAGGCAAGUCUUCUACUCCUGAACCACACUCCUAUUGGACGGGUUUUUUUUGUUUUGUUUUGUUUACUUGUUUUGUUUUUAGUGGAUUAUAGGAAAGGGAUCUAUUUGAAAUCACGAGAUAUAUUGACAUUCUGUUUCAUUUGCUAUUUCCAUUUUCUACACUGCAUGUCUCCAAGCAACUCACAUUUGCAAACACAGCUAUGGAUACACUAUUUGUCUUGACAAUAGUUACCUUGGAAUUUUAGGUCUAGUUUUUUGUCUCCACUUUCCUGUUUCUUAAUCAUAUAUGACAUUAUGGUAGCAGGUUGAGUUAGAGGGUUUCUUUAAGUCUGUGUUAAUGGUUUGUAGCGUCUAAUGAAAAGCUAGGAAAAAUGAAUAACCAGGAGCUGGUCACUUUGAAUGUGGGAGGGAAGAUAUUUACAACAAGGCUUUCUACCCUAAAGCAGUUCCCUACCUCUCGGUUGGCAGGCAUGUUAGAUGGCAGAGACCAAGAGUUCAAGACAGUUGAUGGCCAGAUUUUUGUGGAUAGAGAUGGUGCUCUGUUUAGUUUCAUUUUAGAUUUUCUGAGAAAUCGUGAGCUUCUGUUACCCUCUGACUUUUCAGACUAUCUUAGGCUUCAGAGAGAGGCUCUUUUCUAUGAACUUGAUUUUCUUGCUGAUCUCUUAAGCCAGCACCUGCUACAGUCAAGACCUGCUGUCGUGGAGGUGCAUUUCUUAAACCGAAAUACUCAAGCCUUCUUCAGAGUGUUUGGCUCUUGUAGCAAAACCAUCGAGCUGCUAAUGAGAAGGAUUACAGUGUUUGUAGAGCAGCCUACAGCGCUGGCCUGGAGCAGUAACCCCUUCCCUCCUCAGGUGACUCUGCUCGAACUGCCUCCACAAAGACCUUCUCACCAUGACCUGGUUUUCCACUGUGGCUCUGAUGGCACUAUUGAGAACCACGCUGGAGUCAGGUACAUUUCCAUAAAGCCUGAUAACCGAAAGUUGGCGAAUGGAACAAAUGUCUUCGGCUUGCUGAUCGAUACUUUAUUAAAGGAAGGCUUUCAUCUGGUCAGCACUAGAACCCCAGCCUCUGGAGACAAAAGUGAAUGCUAUGUCUUUGAAAGGAUAAAAAGCCCUCAAGUGCUGGGGGUUAAUAAAACACGAAAACCAGAAAAUACCACCAUACCAGCGCCAUCUCAGAAGUGACACUGUUAAAGAGGCAGUAAAGGGAAAUGGUCUUGUUUGGAAAUUCCACACCUGGAGCAUGCAUGUCAGUCAGAGUUGUACUCAGUCUGACCUUGGAUGUUCUCUUGUAUCUGCCCUGCAUGCUCUCUCAAAACAACACUGCACCGUGUGCUUUAGUACUUGGUCCUUCAAAACCUUUUGACAGGAAAUCUCACAGCUUCUAAAAAUGGGCUCUGGACUUGGACUGUGUCUGAUCCUAGUUUAGUCAUUUAUUAGCUAUGUGACUUAAGCAAGGCAUUUAACAUUUCUGUGUUUCAGCUUUAUUAACUAGGGACAAAAGGGUGGUGGUUAAAGGGAACAAAGUUCUUCUCAUGUCCUGGCAUGUGGUAGGCACUCAGUAACUGUUAAUAAUGAUAAUGACCAUGGGUCACUUAAUUCCAAACCCAUUUCUUCUGAGACCUUGUUUUCUCCCUUGCCCUUUUGUUUAUCUGCAGUGUCAGGGAUUGAACCCUCAUGCAUGCAAAAUGUCCUCUAGGACUAACUUGUACACCCCAGCAGCUGGUCAUUCUGCACAGACUUAUAUAUCAACAUAAAACCAUG